AUGCCACCUCUCUUCCCCCACCAAGCGGUCAUGUUUCGGCCAUCGACACCCAUGCCGCAACCCAACGAAGUACUCGACAGCUAUCUCUGGGGUUGUCUUCUGAUAACUCUGUUCCUCUUCACGUACUUCGCCAUCAGCUUCUGCGCCUGGGUUCUCUCAGCAGUCUUGGCUUCGAUCGACACGAUUGUUGACUUCGUACGGAUGUACUGCGAGUUUUCGGAUGCUAGUACCGAUGUCGAGAUGAGCGGCGACUGUUGGCUGGAGAAGUACACGACUGAGAGGGCGGAAAAGCUCAACAGAGCAGAUGAAAUCACCAGGCUCAAGUGCACACUGCACGAUCAUGACAGCGCCCUCCCAGACGCACACUCAGCCAACGAAAAACCCAUCCUGCACCUGUCCAACACCGACACGAACUUCCCCAACCCCCCCUCGAAGUCCCCUACACCCCCGCCCCUUUCUUAA